AUGAGUUCCCAAAAUAGCUUCGUCAAUGCUUCCCUGAGCUCUAACACAGUCGGCGCUGGCUCCAGCUCGACCUCCGCGGUCCGAUCGCGUCCUCGCCGUCUAGUCUCCUUCAUGGACGACGAAGAUGACGACCUUACGAAUCAGACUAGCAACUAUUCCUACCAGGAUGCCCAACCUUUUACCUCAGGCCUCUCCACCACCCUGUCCGCAGAUGUUGGCUCUACGCGCUCUCGCGGCGGCACCCCCUCGCCACUAUCUUCCCGCGGGGUGUCUCCAAUGCCAAUAAAACGCCCUUCCCGUACCACCGAAUCGCUCAAUCGGAGCCGCUACGAGACCUCAUCGCUUGGCCUGAAUGGAUCGUCUAAAAUGGCCUCCUCUCGAGGAGCUGUUGACUUCCUGGACUCCUCAUGGUCCUCCCUCCAAAGCUUGGCGUCCUCGGUGUUGGGGAGCGAUACUGGGCGGAGUACACCGAGCAACACGGCAAAGACGCAUACCCGAAGGAAGCCCUCGCGGUCCGACGUAUAUAUUCGAAGUAUGCCCCGGUCGUCCCCGUCGACGUGGGGUCCCUCUGCACCCGUGACACCAGAGAUCGGGGUAGGCACCAAGGAGGAACGACAAGCUUUGGUGCAAGCCAAGAAACGAGAAGCUCUUCUUUUAGCAGAUGCAGAUCCGAUCUCAAGCCGCAACUUUCGACACAAAAGGCGCGACUCGGGUGAUUAUUUUGACCAGCCCCUUGACUGUGAGCACGACGAAGAAGCUCUUGCAUACAUCCACCCUGUUCAAGCCACAGAUAGUAUCACCGGGGUGACAAUAAAGUACGGGUGUCAGCCAGCUAUAUUUCGAAAAGCCAAUGGAUUCUGGCCCAAUGACAACAUCCAGAGUAGGAAAACUGUGCUUUUGCCAGUGGAUGCCUGUACUGUGAAGGGACGCCCUGUGCAGGCCACAGCACCAGUCGAUGCACCAGUGGAUCUUUUGAACGCCGACUCAGAAGACCCAACUGAUAGCUCAAUCGCACCGCCCCCCGUUUCGGCGAAUGGACCGCCCAUAGGACGACCAACUCCCACUGCUUCCAAUGAAGCUGAAAGCAAUCAAAUCUGGAAGCAUGAGAACUGGGUAAAUAUUGAUGGGUUCCCGGUCCCAAUAGAGAUUGGCCGCGUGCCUCGACGGGCAUUAGGUUUCUUCCCACGCACUCGCCGGAAAUCUGUAUCUUUUACCGAUACAGACUCUCCCUAUGACUCUUCACAGGAGCUGACAAGAACCCCAUCCCCAACCGGAUCGCCUCAAAUGGCUCUGACCGAUGGUGUUCUUCCCCGAACACGGUUCCGUGGAGACCAGUCCAACCCAAGUGGUGUACAUCCCAGUCGUCCUCAGCACCGCCGCCAACGCAGCAGCGUUCACCUUUCUGGCACUGGGGUUGGAACCCUUGAUCGCACCGCAACUGGGCCCGGGCCUGCGUUAGACGGAUUGACCAAAUUUUUCUCGCAACAUAUGCCCCAUCUCGCACCACCCCCGCCUCCACAAAAUCUUCGAAGGUCAUCCUUCGGGUCUGAGUCUACAGUCACAUCUAACGCAUCAACCGGACUUGAAAACAUUGGUGGUGCUGUUGAGGGUUGGAUCCGCAAGGUUGCAACUCGCACCAAGGCCGGUAUCAGCGAGCUGCAGCAGGGCUCCCCACAAACAACCGGUCGAGGUCGCAGUGCCGGGAUCUGGGGAAUGGGCGACCUGAUCGAGCUGGAUGAUGCAUCCGAAGGCCGUCGCUCACCCAGUGUUCUUGGAAGCUCUCGAAGGCCCGAAUUACAGGGCUCUUCCUCCUCGUCAUCAUUUCGGGUGGCUACCGCUUCCGCGUCCGCCACGAGCAGGCCUCGCGGGACUGGCUUCGGAUCGGGGUCGAACGGUUACGGCGCGCGAACAAAGGAUGACUGA